GGCGCUUAAGAAGGAUUACUGUGACCAUUACUAUUAAAACUUGCACUGCACAAUAAUCUACUAUGGCUAGGGGGGUUCGCGCCUCUUCCUCUACAGCUCCGUCUCUAGCUGUUACAGAACUCCCACGAGUUUCCUUCCAAAAGAUCGACGACGACCUCACUUUACCGACAACUGGCGUAGAUGAUCGACAGGCAAGGUCUUAUGGCUAUAAUGAUUUCUCUGACUUUGAACGUCCAGAACAUUACAUUCGACAUGUUGAGCCAUUGGAGGCUGAACUUGCUAGACAGGUCGAGUAUGAUAUGGACGAGCAAGAUAAAGAAUGGCUUGACAACUUGAACGCUGAAAGGCGGAAGGAGCAAAUGGACAAGAUAUCCUAUGAAACCUUCGAGAUCAUUAUGGAUCGAUUGGAAAAGGAAUGGUUCGACUUAACCAAGAACAUGCCCAAAGCAGAUUUCGCAAUGCCCUCUGAAGAUUCCACAUGUGCAAUUUGCGAUGAUUCUGAAGGAGAGAAUAGUAAUGCUAUCGUGUUUUGUGAUGGAUGUAACCUCGCUGUCCACCAAGACUGCUACGGCGUUCCUUACAUCCCUGAAGGCCAGUGGCUCUGUCGAAAAUGUACCGUGUCUCCAGAGAAUCCUGUGACCUGCAUACUAUGUCCCAACGAAGGAGGUGCCUUCAAACAAACCGUCAACGGUGAAUGGGUACAUCUUCUUUGCGCAAUAUGGGUUCCAGAGACGCGCGUAGCCAACGAAGUUUUCAUGGAGCCUGUUAUCGGCGUGGACAAAAUAUCCAAACAGAGGUGGAAAUUGAAAUGUAGUAUCUGUGAUAUCCGCGAAGGCGCCUGUAUCCAAUGUGCUAAAACCUCCUGUUUUCUCGCUUUUCACACCACAUGCGCCCGGAACGAAAAGCUCCUCCUGCCUAUGAAGAGCACUCAAGCCGAAAGCGUCACUUUAACAUGCUAUUGCGAUAAGCAUCUUCCUAAAGAACAGCAAGAAGCUCGCGAAGCGGCAUUAGCUGCUGAAGCCGACGAAGAUGAUGAAGAUGAAAAGAACCACUCAUCUAAAGGGUCCAAAUCUGCUCGUGCCUAUGCUAAAACCUACAAACCCGGUCCUCCGCUAGUUCCAGCGAUCAUCGUCGACAGGAUCACGCAGUACAUAUCGAAAAUCAAUCUCAGGAAACGCACUGACUUCUUGCUUAUGGUUUGCAAAUACUGGAGUCUGAAGAGGGAAGCGAGAAGGGGUGCACCGUUGUUGAAGAGGUUGCAUUUGGAACCUUGGACGGCCGCCGCUGCUGCUGCAGGGAACGGAAAGUUAAAGAGUGAGGAGGAAAGAGGGUUAAAAUUGGGGCAACUUCGUCAACUUGAACAAGAUUUAGAAAAACUUCGGGAAUUGUCCGCGCUCACUUGGAAACGGGAAAGCCGAAAGCUUCAGCAGAUGGAGAUCAUUCAGGAUGUCCUUACGCAAACCGUGUACCCUCAUGAACCCAGGCUGAGGCUUGCGUUUGAGCGUAUCACAGGAUAUGAUAAACACGACUACUUUAAGAAUCCCGUCAACAAAGUGGACGUCCCCGACUACUUCGAUGUUAUAACCCAACCAAUGUGCUGGUCAAUGAUCGAUGCGAAAUUGGACCGACAUGAAUAUUGGGAUAUCAAAGAUUUCAGGAACGAUAUUGAACUCGUCCUAGUCAACGCGACAACAUACAACAAAGCUGGAUCUCCAUUUUACAAGAUUGCUCAGAAGAUAUUGAAUUCUGCAAUGCCAAUCUUGCAGGAGCUUGAGCAUGCGUAUACGAAGCAGGCUCUGUCUACCCUUGGCGAGCCGCUUGUCAAAACAAUCGAAUCUACUGUAAAAAUGGAGAUGGAGAAUACUCCUAUAUCCCCUUCAACAUCACCCAUAGGAAAUCUCGAACCUCCUCUAGAACUCGUGGAACUCCUUCUCUCCCUCGAAGCAAUCAGAGCCGAAAGCUCACUCGUCCUAUCCGUUGACCCAAUUUCCUCCCUGAUCAAUAUCGAGCUACCUGUUCUCAAACCGCCACCUCCUCCCCAAACCCGCAAAGCGCCCAACAAAGGACCGAAAGCGCCUAAGCUGAAGCGCCAGAGACCUGAUCGGAGCGAGGAAUAUAAACGGUACAAGGCCAAGAAGGCAGAGGAACGUGCGCACAGAGCGGAAGUGGAGGCUGCGAUGGCCGCCGCCGGUCUAGCUGACGAGCGCCUUGUUAUUCGCACAAGAAGAUCAAGGGCUGCUGCUGCUAUGGCUUCUACGGUGGGAGCGAGCGUGGAGAGUACGCUUUCGAUGUCCCGAGGGGAAGGAGCGGAGGGAGAAGUAUACACGGCGAUGACAGGAGAAGAGGAAGGCUUGUCAAAUGCAGACCUCCCUUAUUCUUCAUUCGCUGGUCCGUCCAGGUCACGGCUUCCGGUAGAAACACCUUCAGUACCAGAAUUCAGAGAUCAUGUAGACAAUCAAGCUUCGUUCAAGCUGUUCAAUAGUGGCUGGAUCUUGCCAUCGGACCAGAAGCGGAGGACUCGCGCUCCAACAGUGCCCCCACCUGUGCCUGCGCCUCACCCUGCCUCUGCGUUCGUGUCAGUGCAGGAUCCAUCCUCUCUUCCGCCACCAAGGAAGAAGCUGAGGCUAGAUCGGGGAACUUCGAAGUUGUCGGUAUUCAGUACUGCUGAGGAGGACAAUCAAACACUCAAUUCUAGAAGUGGUUCCGCCUUCUUCAACCCCGGUCAAACCUCGUCUGCGCCUCAUUCGACCAGAAGUGAUACGGCGGGAUUGCGUGCUUUAUCGCAGGCUGCUGCUGCUGUCAGCGAUGAAGAUAACGGGCACAAAACGAAUAUAUACGAUACUCCCUCUGUCCCGCUAAUAGUUUCUGCACCUGGGGAAAACCCAACGGAUGCCCAAUCUACGGGUGUCACAGCUGUUGACACCAUACUCACUCCUGUCAUCACCGCCACUACCAAUACUUACGUCGCCGAACCCACGAUCGAGCCAAGCGGUCUACCUCGAAUAGGGGAGAUUAUUCGUGGUGCCAAUGGCAAAGUCAUCAUUGAAGAGCUUGAUUCGCCUGUAACUAGACGUGAGAAACAUAUGCGCAGGAAGGCGGAGAGGGACAAGCUUAGGUAUGCUAGUGGACUGGAACAGGUAGCCACCACUUUCGCCAGUAGCUCUCUUGCUUCUGCUUCUACUUCUGAACCCAUCCUGAAUCUCGAUGUCGGUCCGUUCUCUACGUCCGGAUCGUUUCCUUUAAAUUACUCGCUAGAGACGGACACGGAAAACCAGCAGAAAUUGGAAUCAUCAAAACGAGAAUCAUAUACUAACGCGCUUCCAGGAAAAGGAAAGGAGAGAAUGGAAAUCGAAUCCGAAUUGAGCUCACUGAGCGAAGGUGGAGAGGAAGAUGCCGCUGUGAUUACUACUAGAAAGCUCACACCGCAUCCACCCCCGCCUGUACCUCCGGUGCUGGCCUCCAAAAUGACUGGUACUAAGUCCCACAGAUCUGCUGCAGCCAGAAGUCCUGUUGCUUCUGCGCCGUCUGCUGUUUCUGCAACUAUACCACCUAUAUCAUCCACAUCCAAAAAAGCAUCCGAAGUGGAGAGCCUCGCUAAAGUGUCUGAAUUUGAACCUGACCAACAGCUGGAAGGAGGAACCCUUGUUUGGGCCAAAGCUGAUACCUUCCCCUGGUGGCCUGCAGUCGUUGUUGGGAUUGACGAGCCAGCGGUUCCGCCGGCGGCUAAGAAGAUGUAUAUGAGUAUGAAGAAGAAGAAUAAAAAUUUAACGCUGCAUUUUGUACGAUUCUAUGAUAAACAACAUUCUUGGCAAUGUCUGGGCAUAGAAAAACUGCUGCCCCUUGGGGACGACGAUGAACUAGAUGCAGAUUUAGUGGCUAAUCAGUCGAAAAGACAAAAGUGGAAGAACGCUAAAUUGAAAUCCGAAUGUCGAGAGGCUUUCAGAAUGGCGAAGCAGGAUAUAGAUACGCAAUCAGAAGAUAUUAUUCCUUGACCGAUGUGCCAUCAAUGGGAGUAAUGAAAACAAAUAUAUACUUAGCCGAAUCAAGCCCGUAAUAGCCCGCAAUCCACUAUGUAAUCCUUUAUCGCUUUCACUGAACGCUCUCAACAAGCUGCAUUGAAUAUCUUAGUCUGAUCCUGCAGCAACAAAACUCU